ACCCCUCCCAACACAGCCAUCCACGACGGUACUCCCCUGCAUCCUUUAGGGUCGAAGAAACACAUUCUAAUGCUAGCGAAGACGUUAUCAGACAUGGACGUAAAAUACUUCAACAUGACUUAAACCGUUAGAGAGAUGACAUUUGCAGAGCACCACCGAAGCUGCCAGCAAGGAUUACGUGCAGUGGCGGGCAGGCAGACGGCAUGACUGAGGAGAAAUGCCCGCAGCUGGUGGACUACUUUGUGGUGGCUGGGCUGGCGGCACGGUCGGCGCCCCUGGACGAGGAGGGGCAGCAGAGGGGGGGCCGAGCGGUGGAGCCCGUGACGGACCUGGCGGUGAUCGCCCGCGGCCUCGGGGAGGAGGUGCCGGAGGGCUUCACCUGCAUCGAGAAGACCCAGGGAGGGCACCCGGCCGAGCUGAGCGCUGGGCUCAUCAACAACCCCCACAUGUUCCUCUGCUACAGGAGAGGCCACGACAAGCCGCCCAUCCUCGACCUGGGGGUGCUGUACGAGGGCAAGGAGCCCUCCAAGCCCGGCUGGCAGGUGAUCGAGACCACGCCCUACAGCCGCUCGGCCAACCUGAGCUCGGGGGGGCCGGCGACCCACCGCACCUUCCUCACGUACCGGCGCGCCCCCGACUCGCAGGCCCUCAACACGCUGGGCGUCACUGACAUCUCCCUCCUCCUGCCCAGCAAGGGCGAGACAGCGCCCCACACCUUCUGCAGAGUGGACAAGAACCUCAACACAGGCAUGUGGGGUCCAGCCCUGUAUCUUUGCUAUAAGAGAGCUGUGGCAAAAGCUAAUGCCUUGGUGUAUGAGGCAGAACUGAUCAGCCGCUACCCCGAGGCAGACCUGGAGUCUUUCCCUCUGCCAGACUCAGUGCCGGUUUUUUGUCUCCCCAUGGGUGUCACCGUGGAGAGCUGGCCCCUCAACACCAAGUACCAGCUGCCCGUCUUCUCUACCUUCGUCCUCACCAGCGCCGGUGGAGACAAGGUGUACGGGGCCGCCAUCCAGUUCUACGAGGCGUUCCCGCGGGAGGGCCUGUCGGAGCGGCAGAGCGUCCGGCUGGGCCUGGUCAGCGUGGUGGACCGCCGGGCCAUCACCAACCGCUCCGUGCAGGUGAAGAAGAGCAUCUGCGUGCUGUCCCACUGGCCCUUCUUCACCGUCUUCCAGAAGUUUCUCACCUUCAUCUACCGCUACUCCAUCUCCGGUCCCCACGUGCUGCCGCUGGAGAAGCACAUCUCGAGCUUCAUGCACAACGUCCCCUUCCCCUCCCCGCAGCGUCCUCGAAUACUGGUGCAGCUCUCCCCCUAUGACAACCUCCUGCUCUGCCAGCCUGUUUCUUCCCCUUUGCCUCUCAGUGGUGCCAGCUUUGUGAAGCUGCUACAGAACCUGGGGCCGGAGAACGCCUGUGCCCUCCUCCUGGCCGUGCUGACAGAGAAUAAGCUGCUGCUGCACUCGCUGCGUCCGGACGUGCUCACCUCCGUCAGCGAGGCGCUGGUCUCUAUGACCUUCCCGCUGCGUUGGCAGUGCCCCUACAUCCCCCUGUGCCCCCUGCGUUUGGCUGACGUGCUGUGCGCCCCCAUGCCCUUCAUCGUGGGCGUGCACUCAAGCUACUUCGACCUGUACGACCCUCCACAGGAUGUGGUGUGUGUGGACCUGGACACCAACACCAUUUUCCAGUCGGAGGACAAGAAACCGCUGUCGUGGAGGUCACUACCCAGGAAGCAUGGCAAGACCCUGCUGAACUCCCUCACUAACCUGCGCAAGACUCUGGAGAAGAUCUACACUCCUGGGCAGGAGGAGGCCACGCUGGAGUUUCUGCUCACCGACUACGACCUGAUAUACGGGCGUCAGAAGCAGCUGGAGCUGGAGAUCCAGGAGGCCUUCCUGCGCUUUAUGAGCUGCCUGCUGCGGGGGUACCGGGCCUACCUGCUGCCCAUCACCCAGGCCCCCUCCGAGAGGACCACUGACUGCAGCUCUCUCUUCAACCUGCCAGGGUUCUUGAAGUCUCGGGACCGGACCCAGCAGAAAUUCUACACUCAGCUCACCCGCACCCAGAUGUUCACUCAGUUCAUUGAGGAGUGCUCCUUCGUCAGUGACAGACAUACCUGCCUUGAGUUCUUUGAUGAGUGCGUUCAGAAGGUGGAUGUGGAGAAGCCGGAGGAGGUUCGGCUCAUCGACCUGGAUGAGACCCACAGCGGGGAGCACACUGUGUUCAUCAUGCCCCCAGAGGAGCCUCAGGAGCCAGAUGGCUCAGAGUGCCCAGCCCUCUACAGCUAUGAGACCUUCCCACCCCUGCAGCCAGAGCUUUUCGACCGUCCGCAGGACCAGUUACGUGCUCCAGCCAGAGGGAGCGCCCCCAGCAGCCCCGCCCCUCGACGCACCAAGCAGGAGAUCAAACUGGCUCAGAAACGGGCCCAGAAGUAUGCAUCGGUGCCAGACAUGUGGUCCAAAUGCCUGCUGGGGCACUGCUACGGUCUGUGGUUCAUCUACCUGCCCACCUUUGUGCGGGCGGAAAGCGCAAAGGUGCGGGCCCUGCACACGGCCUACGAGGUGCUGAAGCACAUGGAGACCCGGAAGGUGGUGCUGCCUGAUGAGGUGUGUUACCGGAUUCUGAUGCAACUGUGUGGUCAGUAUGGGCAGCCAGUACUGGCAGUCCGGGUUCUGUUGGAGAUGAAGAAAGCUGGCAUCACUCCCAAUACCAUCACCUAUGGGUACUACAAUAAGGCAGUGCUCGAGAGCAAGUGGCCUUCCACUAAUCAGGGUGGCCGUCUGCGCUGGGCCAAGCUCCGAAAUGUGAUAAUGGGCGUCGCGCAGUUUAGACAGCCAAUCAAACGGCGGCAGAAGAGCGGGUCUGUAGGAUCACGGCCAGAUAUUCCGGUUGAGCGCACCCCAAAGCCACGCCCACACUCCAGUCUGAUUCGCCAGUCCAGUUGGAGUGGGCUGAGUGAAGCCUCCAGCCAUGAAUCCCUGACCAGUUCUCUGGUGAAGAGCAACAGUCUAAAUAGCAUGCGGGCAUCAACUGACAAGUCUAAGCUGUCCAAGAAGGCAAUGGUCCACUGUGCGGGCACAGAUGACCCUGCUGCUCGUAAACCCCCUGCUGGUCCCCGUGAUGUACUCACACCACCGCUGCCCCCUACUGGCGGCGUAGUGCGGCGCAGCGAGGUGUGUCUAUCCACCUUCUACAAGGAGUGUGCUGAGACACCGGACUCUGAGUCAGACUGCAUCUGCCAGCCUGGGGAGAGAGAUAGCAGCCCCAGUGGUAGGGCAGCAGGACCCAGGGAGACAGUCGCCCGGAAGGGCGUGGAUGAGAACUGUAACAAUGUGUCGUCCCCGAGUCGGGGACUCGCAGGGAAGCUACAACAGCUGCUGACUCCCACACGGCACCGGGCCUCGGUCCGGAGAGCCGCGAGCGUGGACGAUCGCCGGUCGGGGCCUGGGGGCGUCUCGGGCAGAAGGGUGUCCGAGCAGCGGCAGUCCCGGAAGGCCCACGUGGCAGAGAGUCUGCUGAAGGCAAAAGAACGUCUCUAUAACGCUACCUCUGAGAGUUCACUUUCAGUCAGCAGUGACAUUGACCUUUCGGACACCACUAAUUUAACCUUUCAACUCAGAAAGUCUUGGGAUGCCACACAGGAAGGGGCGGGGCUUGAGGUGGUGAUGUCCAGCUGCUCCCUGUGCCGGAGCUGUAACUCACUGGUCUAUGAUGAGGAGAUCAUGGCUGGCUGGACCUCUGACGACUCCAACCUCAAUUCCACCUGCCCCUUCUGUUCUGCUACCUUUGUGCCUCUCUUAAAUGCUGAGAUCAGUGAGCUGGGCCCAGUCAGCAGCUUGGAGCGCAGCAACUGGAACUUGGAAGAUGGGCAAGAUGCUGGUACUAUGCCCCCUGGUGGACAGGAGGGAUUCUUGCGGCACCUUUACAAUGGUGUGAGUGAGGACUCAAGCUCAGAGACCAGUGGAUACUCAGAGAACAGCAGCACUACCAUGGGUUCAUCUGUUGGCGGGCCGCCUUUGGUGACGGUGGCCUACGUGAGCCCCCUGGUGCUUCGGAAGGAGCUGGAGAGCUUGCUGGAGAAUGAGGGGGAGGCGGUUCUCUCGCAGGGCUCGCUCGUCGACAGCCACUCCAUCAUAUUCUGGAAUCUGGUGUGGUAUUUCCAGCGCCUCGGCUUGCCCAGCAACCUGCUGCAGCUCAUCCGCUCCUCGCAGCUGGCCGCCCAGCUCAGCCAGAGCACGGAGAACUCAGCAGUGCGCGUGAGGCUGCUGUGGGACACUCUGACCCCUGAUAUCGACCAGUGGCCACCCCUCUACGUCCUCUGGAGGAUACACAGCGGGAUGCCCAUGCGUAGCUAUAGCUGGAGGAGGCACAAUCACCCCUUCACCCUGGCCUUCCUUGAGGAGGUGCUGCGCUGGGUGGGCAUGAACGAAGUGCACAAGGCAGUCACUCUCUUCCUGGAUACAAUUGCUAAGCAACCGGGCACUCCCCGGAUACAAAGGAGCCUGUACCGAGAAAUCCUGUUCCUCACGCUGGCUGCCAUGGGCAAGGAUCAUGUCGCUGCUUUCGAUAAGAAGUACAAGACAGCCUACGCCCGUCUGACCGGCUCCCUGGGACGAGAGGAGUUGCGCCAAAAGCGAGCCCAGCCGCCCAGCCCCAAAGCCGUGGACUGCCGACGCUGCUUUCUGGUUCCGCUGGAGUGCUGAUCCCCACCACCAGGGGGUGACACUGCAACACACGCACCCACAGACGCACGCACUCAAAAGACCGGCUGCCUCAAACAUCCCAGUCCGAGCUCCUGUCACCGUUGCUAUAGUCCGGCCGUACCAUGCUCAGACUUCUGUCUCUUAUACCUCAUGGUGCUUUUGUCUGGAUCCCCCGAUUCCACACUUAAGUUCCAUUCACUCCAGCCAUCAAACUAUCUCCCCCAGCCUCCCACAACCACUGCUAAGGGCUGUCUGUAGUGCUGAUAUAGCCUGGCACAUAUUUCAUCCCCUGUACUAUAUGCUUCAUUGUUCUACUUGCUCCCUGCCCCGAUCCCUAUCCUACUAUUAUCUUUUCAUCUCAUCUGAUUUUAAGGUCUUUAAUGGAGAUACAUAGUAUUAAUGACUGUCCACCCCUCGGUUCACCUGUUAAAAGGUGUGUCUUAAAAAUUAGACAUCCAUAAACAGGUAAACUUGGAACUCAUUCAAAAUAGAGAUGAAGGGUACAGUAUUUCCUAGUACCAAUAACAGAAUACCAUCUCUCUUUGAUCUGACAAAUAUAUAUCAUGCUAUUCAUGUUAUGAAACGACACAUUGCAAAAUGAUGCAGUACAUGCAAGAGACAUAAUCCCAAAAUUCAAACUAUGCAUCCACUGUGAAUGAUAACAUGCUUUUUCUCCAGCUAGAUAUACAUGCAUGACAGAAUCCAACAGUCCCAUUUCAGUAAUAACAUGAUAAACUAUUGCUACAAACCUGAACUUGAUAGUUUGUAUCCAGUCCCCAUAAUACAUAGUACCUUACCACUGCUCCAGGUCAAGGUAAACUGUAACCUGUGGAUAAGAAACACACCUUAAAAUAUUUCUUCCAGUAACUCCGACAUGGUUAUUGGGGAGUGAGUAAAAACUAUUUUACCUUCCCUUUACAAAAAAGUCUAGUUACCUCAGUUAUGAUUUUUAUAUUAAAUACUCCACCACACUCUACAUCUGAGUUUAUCGCUAAAUCCAGAUGCUUAGGGUGAAAUAAUGAGGUGCAAUAAUUCAUCACUUGGGGAGUGAGACAGCAGCCUGCGUUAUUUCAUUAGUAGGGGGUGCAACAGGAAAUGACAUUGAUUCAGCAAUUCUGUGAGAAGAUCACAAGGACAUGGUGAGCAGCCCAGGAGCUGUCUGUGCGCUUUAUAUCAGCUCAGGACACACCAGAAACAAGCUGUGGCCAGAGAAAGGGAAGGAACUGAUGGAAAAGAUGCAAUGCUUUUGAUGGCCAGAGGCAGGCGCUAAAGGCAGGUGGAGGGAUGGAGGGGCUACAGACACUGACAGUUGAGCUGAUCAUGAGAAUCCCUCCUCAACCGCUCCCCUGACACCUGCCUUGCAGCCGUAAACCAAACGACUUCACAGACUCACAGAGAUGAUUUAAUUCAGUUUUGUUUUGUAUAUUUUUUUGUUUGUUUUGUUUUAAGUGUUACUGUAUGGGGUUGUUUCAGCUGGGGGGUGGGGUAGGGUGAGUUCAUUAAAGGUCCGCUGAACUCUGGGGGGGGGAUAUUAAAGGUGACUGACAGAGAACGGGGAUGUUGAUGUUGAUGUCAUACGUUUUACCCACAUUGUAUUCCUAGUUACCUCGUUUUAAAGUUCUUGUUCCCCGAUAAAUGUGAUGGGUAUGUUUAUGUCUUCUGCAGAUGUUUUUAUGGGAUUUUUAAAGUCAUCUUAAGGUAGUAGUUUGGGAAAUGUCAUUCAGACAAAUAGGACAUGCUCAUAAUUAAGGGAAACGUACAAAACGUAAACGACACAGUGCUGUAAUCUUCCCAGGGCUGUGCGUGGCCUCCCACGUACUGAAUCGCCACACAGAUGUAUUCCUUUAACAUAAACCUCAUCUCACCCGAAAGAAGGCUAGCUUCUUGAGCUUCUUGUGCUAGAACUACCUUUUAUUCAGUGAUUGUAAGUAUCUGAUACAUAACAUGCAACAUAUCAGUUUUCAAUUAGAAAUCUCAUUUAGUGUAGGUCUAGAUCUUGUUCUCACAAAAUGAAAUGAUCAAUUUACUAGCCUUACAGUACAGUUAAAACCACCAUCAGAGCUGACUUUAGAAGAGCUUGUGAAGACGUUGCUUGGUUCCCUAUUAGGUCUUUAUGGCUCCUGUAAUUGACUCUAUUUGGUUAUAGUGAACAUUGGUUAUUAAGAGAUUUUCACCAUUUUUGACUGAACAACAUAAAAAUUGACUAACAUAUGUACUUCUGCUCAAAAGUAACCACAUUGUUGAAUGCCAGUUGGUAUAGACUGCUGGUGUGAUAUUGCAUGUCUAAAGUUCCUGUUUGGAGCAGUGAAACCAGCUCUGCCGUAGGAAAGGGUAGGUUAGCCUGUCCUUUCCUAGUCUAACCUAUCUUUCAUUGCUAUGACUUCCUGAAAAAAUGGGAUCACCUCUAGGUGUAAGAUGGUCAGUUAGACACCUUGUUUUUCUGGUUCGUAUCUGUCGUAUGAAAUAUACAGCAAGAACCGAUACAUGAUUGAAAAUUUCUUUCUGUUUUGGCAGCUGACUGAGGAAACUUGGGUGAACUGCCAUCUCAUACAGCUCAUAAAGAGGUAGAGCUGAAAAGUGCAGCAAUGAGAAUGAUGUCACUGUUCAGCAUAGUUUCAGUGUUAAAGGAUGAGAAGAAUAUGUUUGAAAUAACAGAUAUGUGGAUUUAGUAGAUGGGCAUUUUUUGAGAAAAAAAGCAAUAUUUCCCUGUUCAAAACUAUGGAUAAUGUGUCCAUCAAUGAGAACAAAUGUUUUUUCCUACCCCUGUGCUUAUCAAGACUGACAAAACCAGCAAAGGGCAAUAUGCCAAAGUGAGUCAUGUCAAACUUGCAAUUUUGGAAUGGUGACACAUUCUGGAGGAAUUAUAAAGUUUUACUUCUAGGCCAUUGUAUUUCAAAGAACGUGACUGCAAAUGAUUUAAGAGGGAAUUUCAAAUGUCACUUUUUAUUUUUGUAUGGGCAAAUGAACAAAAGAAUGAAGAAAACUUUAUUUAAGAUUUACUUUUCAUGUUGUGUUUGCUGUUGUAAUUUAUAUGGCUGUGAUUUCUGUUGUAAAUGUAUUGUUUUUAAAAAACAAACAAAGACCCCCUACCCCCAAAAAAAGCCUGGUUCAAUGUAUUUAAUGCAUGAAAUUGAGCAUAUGAUGUUUGUCUUACUUUUGAUUGCGUUGUGGGGUGUGGAAACCUCAUUUGUAACUACCUGGCUAUCUAUUUUAGAAGUGAAAAACAAAGAUCAAAGGCUGUUGCUAGCCUACAGAAGUGACACAAGGUUCUAGAUGGUAUAUUUGAUGAAAUACUGUAAUAUGAGGUUGUAGUAAGCAUCCCAGAUGUAUCCCUGGCUCUGAGGCAGCUUUUCAGAACAUCCUUUGCUAAAUGGCGGAGCAUGUCCUCAAUUGUCCUGAAUAUGAAAACAUUCCCCAUAUCAUUACACACACAUUAAUGCUAAAAUUAUUUGAGAUAUAGCAGGUAAAUUUGACGAUCUUCUCAAAAUUGAAAGACAUUUACAGCAACAAUAGCUAGUCUCACCACUUUGAUCAUAACAAUGGAAUUUCUGGCAGAUAGCUAGUUACAUUGAACUUAAUGUUACAACAGAUUAAAUUAUCUGUUGUAACCCAAACACAUCUUAAAAUGCUGUAUUUUUACAUGGGAUAGGUAGAGGCUGGAUUUAAACUGAUGGAAUUUAGAGUCAAUGACACAAGGCGAAUUCUGUAAACAAGGUAUCCAACCAAGUGCAUCAGAGGCACAUGAAACAAGUUAGGGAAGCAGAAUAAUGAUCAGCGUUGAUGUGCAAGCCUGUUUGAUGUCAAGGA